AUGGCCAACUACAACGGACGUCGCGCGCCCAAUUUCUCCCAGUACAUCGAUGAUCUGAACGCGAUUCCCUCGCCCUACGACCAGGCCCUGCAGCAGCAACAGCAGCAGACCCCGUACAACCUCGAUACUGAACUGGCUCUGUUCACCAACACUGAGUUCUUCGACUUCGACAAGUUCAAUGACCUCGGUCUGCCCAAUUUCGAUUCCGUCGAGGAGAAGCCCCAGAAUGUGGAACAGUCCCACGCCGCAGACCCUAACUUCUUGGACUUCUUGAACAAUGAGGGCCUGAACUCCAUCCCUGAAUAUCAGCCGGAGCUGAGCCAGAAUGCUCAGGUGCCCAUGCACAAUGCGCACUACCCGGUUGCCCCUGCGCCGGUGGCCAACCAGGCCCCCAUCCAGCCCGCUCCAACCAGCGCCCCGAAGGUCGCACCGGCUCCACCUGCUCACUCCAUGUCGCCUCCCGCUCCGGUGAUCGGUACUAAGCGCAAGAACUCCGCCAAGUCCACCGAGAGCGCUGAGGAGGCUGGCCGCCACAUGGCCGAGGAGGACAAGCGUCGCCGCAACACCGCCGCCAGUGCCCGCUUCCGAGUGAAGAAGAAGCAGCGCGAGGCUGCUCUUGAGCAGACCGUCAAGGAGACCACCGACAAGAACGAUAUCCUUGAGGCGCGUGUCUCUCAGCUCGAGCUUGAGAACCACUGGCUCCGUGGCUUGAUCAUGGAGAAGAACGGUGCGGAUGAGCAGUCUGAGCAGGAUAUCUCUGACAUGUUCAAGAAGUUCCUUGCUUCACAGAACUCCGAUGCGACAAGUUCUUCUGGCUUGAAGCACGGUGUUGGCACUACUGCGUAG